UGAAAGGGAUUUGGAAGCAUUGCCUGGGCUCUCACCAGAGGUCCCAAGGAACAAGAUUUUGAGGCUUGAGACCAGCGUCAGUGUCAGGUGUCCGCCAGAGAGGGGGCUGGGCUGGCUGUGCGCCAUCCUCAUUUCAGUAAGGUGGCUAGAAUCUGAAGGCUAGAGAGAGGUCUGCAGUGGGGGGCGGUCGGCCAUUUGGUUGCGCCCCUACUCCCCCCACCUCUCGAGCAGCUGCGUCUUUGCUGAGCUGGGCGGAGCCGCCUUCCAACCACCAGUGGCUGCGCUGGAUGUUGGAUCUCUUGCUGGAAUUCAUCUGCCGCUGGAUGCUGGGUUCCGCGACUGAAUUCAUCAGCAGCUAGACUCAUCUUUGGCUGGACGCUAGAUUCUGGAUCCCGUACUGGAAUUCAUCUGCCGGCACCUGUAAAUCUACACCAGCCCCGGGCGUUCCGUCAGCUGUUCUAUCCUGGUCUUCUUUGGCUGUAAGUACAGACCGCGAACGAUGGAGAAACUCCUCCAGAUGGUAGAAGGCAUGCAUAUAGACGAGAUGCCUUCCCACCAAAGGCUCCAGCCGGAGCCCCCCAGAGCUCAGAAGCGUCCCCUCUCACCACAGGCUGGCCUGAGCGCUCCCAAAAGGAAAGUUGUCCCUAGGUUGGUGGAAAAGCAGCCUGAGACUGUGCAAGGUGUAGAUGAGAGUAAGAAAGAGGAGAAAAAGAAAGAUGUUGCAGGCAUUGGAUUAGAGCGGGGAGCCUCACAAGCUCACUCUAUCAGAUGGCCGGUAGAAAGCAAAAAUAAAUACGUGCACAUCAGUUUGGGUGACCAAGAUGAGGGGUCUGAGUUUUCGCAAACAGGAUUAGCUUUAGCAGAGACCAAGGUUGCGGCAACUGAAAUGUUAUCAGAUACUGGGGACAGUGCUACAAGUAUCGUAUCUACUCAGUCUUCUGAAACAAAAUUAGCUUGUACAGAGAGCAUGCGUAAAGUAACUGCUGUAUUUUCAGGCAGUGUGGAUGCUGACACAGAUCGCUUGUCGCCUCAGUGUUCUGACAAAAGGUUUGCUUCCGUAGAGAACAAGCCUGUGGCAACUGAAGUCUUAGGAGAGAAUGUGGAAACUGAUACAAGGGCUGUUUCCACAGAGCGUGAGCUUGCGGGAAAGGGAAUGCUGUCAGAGAGCAUGGCUCCUGUCACAGGUAGCUCGGAUUCUAAGUGUCCUGACUCAGAAUUGGCUUCUACAGAGGGAAAGGCUACCGUAAAGAGUGUAGUCUUCCACCCUGGGUCUCCUGAUGCAAAUAUCUUGUCCUCUGAGCCUUCGGAAACUAGAAAUGUUUCCCCAGAGGACAAGGCUGUAUCAACCAAAAUGCUGUCAGAAAAGCUAUCUUCUACCUCAAGUGUUUUGUCUUCCCAGUGUUCUGAAACUGAGAUAAAGGCUGCAGUAACUGAUGUGUUGUCAGAGAAAGUGCCUGCAGCCCCAAAUGUACCAUCUGAUGAGUGUUUGGAAACUAGAAGUGUUUCCCCAGAGAGGGAGCCUCUAGUAACCAGAAUAUUGUCAGAGACAGUGUCUUCAGACACCUCCAAUGUCUCGUCUGUCGAGUGUUGUGAAACUAAAUGUAUUUCCUCAGAAAACAAAUCUGUGGUGACAGGAAUGUUAUCAGAGACAGUGUCUCCCGACCCAAAUGUCUCAUCUACUGAGGGUUCGGAGACUAGAUGUCCCUCCCCUGAGAGCAAGCCUGGAGUAAGUGGCAUGCUCUCAGAGGCAGCAUCUCCAACUUCAAGUAUUUUGGCCUCAGAGGAUUCGGAGACUACAUGUGUCUCCCCUGAGAGCAAGCCCUUAGCAAGUGGCACACUCUCAGAGGCAGUAUCUCCAACCUCGAGCAUCUUGGCCUCUGAGGAUUCGGAGACUACAUGUGCCUCGCCUGAGAGCAAGCCUAUAGUAGGUGAAACGCUCUCAGAGACAGUGGCUGCAGUCCCAGAUGUUGUGACUGCUGAAUGUUCUAAGGCUAAAUGCAUUCCCUCUGAGAGCAAGCCUAAAGUAGGUGAAACGCUCUCAGAGACAGUGGCUCUACCUCCCGAUGUCUCGUCAGCUGAAUGUUCUGAGGCUAGAUGCCUCUCCCCUGAGACCAAGCCACUAGUAACUGGAACGGUCUCAGAGACGGCGGCUCUAGCCCCAGAUGUCUCGUCUGUUGAAUGUUCAGAGACCACAUGUGUUCCUCCAGACAUCAAACCAGUCGUCACCAGAAUCAUCCCGGACAGACUCUCUCCACCCAUAAGCAUCUCAUCCACUGAGUACUCUGAUACCGGAUAUGCCUCCCCAGAGAGGAAGCCUAUAGUAAGUGCACUCUUCUCGGGGAGACUAUCUCCACCAAUAAGCAUCUCGUCUACUGAGUAUUCCGAGGGCAGCUGUGCUUCCCCGGAGAGCAAGCCUGGAGUAACAGGCAUGUUCUCAGAGAUACUAUCUCCAGCUAUAAGUAUCUCCUCCUCCGAGUCUUGGGAAGCUGGCUAUUUUUGCACAGACAGAAAGCCCAUAGUCACUGACAUGUUCUGUGACAGACUGUCUCCGGACACAAGUAUGUCAUCCUCUGAAGGUUCGGAGACUGGCUAUGCUUCACCAGAAAGGAAGCCCAUAGUAAGUGGAAUAUUCUCAGGGAGACACUCACCAACCAUCAUUGUCUUGUCCUCUGAGUGUUCAGAGACUAGCAGCGCUUCCCCAGAGAGGAAGCCUGUAGUAACUGGAAUGUUCUCAGGGAGACUGUCACCAACCACAAUUGUCUUGUCCUCUGAAUGUUCUGAGAAUAGUAGUUUUUUUCCAGAAACCAAACCUAUAGUAACAGAAAUGUUUUCUGAAAGGCUGUCUCCAGACAUGAGUAGCUUUUCUUCAGAGAAUUCAGAGAUUAGCUAUGCUUCUCCAGAAAGGAAGCCUAUAAUAAGUGGGCUAUUCUCAGGGAGAUUAUCAUCACCCAUCAGCAUCUCAUCUACCGAAUAUUCUGAUCCUGAAUGCGCUUCCCCAGAAAGGAAGCCUAUAGUAAGUGGACUCUUCCCAAGGAGGUCAUCUUCACCCAUUAGCAUUUCAUCAACUGAGUAUUCUGAUAUGGGAGGUCCCGCUUCCCCCGAAAGGAAGCCUAUAAUAAGUGAAUUGUUAGAAAGAGUGCGUGCAGCCCCCCAUGUGUUGUCUUCCCAGUGUUCGGAUGUCAGAUGUGAUUCCCCGGGAAGUAAACCUGGAGUAGGAGGAGUGUUCUCCGAGACUCUGUUUUCAGCCACGAACAUCUUGGCUUCUGAGGAUUCAGAGUCUCGGUGCGCUUCCCCAGAGAACAAGGCCACAGGAAGUGGCAUGUUCUCAGAAACAGGGUCUCCAACCCCCGAUGUGUUGUCUACUGAAUGUUUAGAUACUAGAUGUGUAUCCCCCGAAAGCAAACCCGUAGAAGGAGGAAUGUUUUCUGAGACUCUGUUUUCAGCCACAGGCAUCUUGGCCUCUGAGGGUUCAGAGUCUAGAUGCACUUCGCCGGAGAACAAGGCCACAGUAAGUGGCAUGUUCUCAGAGACACUGUUUUCCGCCCCAAGCAUCUUGGCCUCUGAGGGUUCAGCGGCUAGAUGCGUUUCACCAGAGAACAAGCCAGUAGUCACUGGCAUGUUCUCAGAGACACUAUCACCACCUACAAAUAUUUUUUCCUCUGAAAGUUCGGACACUCGAUGCAUUUCACCGGAGAACAAGCCAGUAGUAACUGGCAUGUUCUCAGAGACACUAUCACCACCUACAAAUAUCUUUUCCUCUGAAAGUUCGGACACUCGAUGCGUUUCCCCGGAGAACAAGCCAGUAAUAACUGGCUUGUUCUCAGAGAGACUAUCUCCACCCAUCAGCAUAUCAUCCACUGAAUAUUCCGAGACUGGAAAUGCUUCCCCAGAAAGGAAGCCAGUAAUAACAGGAAUAUCCACAGACAGACUCUCACCACCCAUCAGCAUUUCAUCCACUGAAUAUUCUGACACUGAAUGUGCUUCCCCAGAAAGGAAGCCUGUAGUUCCUGGACUGUUUUCAGAGGGACCAUCUCCAUCCACAAGUGUUGUCCAUUCUUUGUGUUCUGAAACAAAACUUGCUUCAAUAGACAGCAAGUCUUCAGUAACUGGACUAUUACCAGAAAGCAUGUUUCCAUCUACAAGUUUCUUUACCUCUCAAUGUUCUGACACCAGAUCUACCUCCCCCGAAAGCAAACCUCUAGUAGCCAGACUGUUCCCAGACAGCAUAUCUCCAGCCACAAGCCUCUUGCCAUCUCAGUAUUUUGAGAACACAUGUGAUUCUACAGAAACCAAGGCUGCAGAGACUGGAGGACUGUCUGCAUCCACAAGUCUCUUCUCUUCUCAGAGUUCUGAGACAAGAUUUGCCUCCACUGAGAGGCUGCCUGCUGUAACCAGACUAUUAUCAGAGCUUGUGGAUCCUGCCACGCUUAACCUGGCUUCUCAGUGUUCUGGCAUAAGGUUUGCUUCCAAAGAGAACAAUCCUGAAGCAUCUGAACUGUCCCCAGAAAGACUGUCUCCUGCGACAGGCUUUGUGUGCCUUCCAUCUUCUGAGACAAGAGCUGCUUCCAGAGAGAACGAUCCUGAAGUAUCUGGAGCGUUCUCUGAAAGAUUAUCUCCUACAACAGAAAGUAUAUCUCCUGCCACAGGUUUCGUGUACCCUCCAUGUUCUGCUUCAACAGAAAGUGAUCCUGCAGUAUCUGGCGAGUUCUCGGAAAGAGUGUCUCCCACAACAGGGACAAGAGCUUCAACAGAAAGUGAUCCUGCAGUACCUGGAGUGAGAUCUGAAAGACUGUCUCCCACAAAAGAGACAGAAGCAGCUUCAAUAGAGGGCAAUCCUGCAGGAAUGGGAGUAUUCUCUGAGAGACUAUCUCCUACAGCAGGUAUCACAUUCCCUCCAUGUUCUGAGCCAGAAGCAGCUUCAACAGAGGGCAAUCCUGCAGGAAUGGGAGUGUUCUCAGGGACACUAUCUCCUACAGCAGGUAUCACAUUCCCUCCAUGUUCUGAGCCAGAAGCAGCUUCAACAGAGGGCAAUCCUGCAGGAAUGGGAGUAUUCUCUGAGAAACUAUCUCCUACAGCAGAGAGUGUGUCUCCUUCCACAGGUAUCACAUUCCCUCUGUGUUCAGAGCCAGAAGCAGCUUCAACAGAGGGCAAUCCUGCAGGAAUAGGAGUAUUCUCUGAGAGACUAUCUCCUACAGCAGGUAUCACAUUCCCUCCAUGUUCUGAGCCAGAAGCAGCUUCAACAGAGGGCAAUCCUGCAGGAAUGGGAGUGUUCUCAGGGACACUAUCUCCUACAGCAGGUAUCACAUUCCCUCCAUGUUCUGAGCCAGAAGCAGCUUCAACAGAGGGCAAUCCUGCAGGAAUGGGAGUAUUCUCUGAGAAACUAUCUCCUACAGCAGAGAGUGUGUCUCCUUCCACAGGUAUCACAUUCCCUCCAUGUUCUGAGACAGAAGCAGCUUCAACAGAGGGCAAUCCUGCAGGAAUGGGAGUGUUCUCAGGGACACUAUCUCCUACAGCAGGUAUCGCAUUCCCUUCAUGUUCUGAGACAGAAGCAGCUUCAACAGAGGGCAAUCCUGCAGGAAUGGGAGUAUUCUCUGAGAGACUAUCUCCUACAGCAGGUAUCACAUUCCCUCCGUGUUCUGAGCCAGAAGCAGCUUCAACAGAGGGCAAUCCUGCAGGAAUGGGAGUAUUCUCUGAGAAACUAUCUCCUACAGCAGGUAUCACAUUCCCUCCAUGUUCUGAGCCAGAAGCAGCUUCAACAGAGGGCGAUCCUGCAGGAAUGGGAGUACUCUUGGAGAGACUCUCUCCUACAGCAGGUAUCGCAUUCCCUCCAUGUUCUAAGACAGAAGCUGCUUUGACAGAGGGCGAUACUGCAGGAAUGGGAGUACUCUCAGAGAGACUCUCUCCUACAGCAGGUAUUGCAUUCCGUCCAUGCUCUAAGACAGAAGCUGCUUUGACAGAGGGCGAUACUGCAGGAAUGGGAGUACUCUCAGAGAGACUCUCUCCUACAGCAGGUAUUGCAUUCCGUCCAUGCUCUGAGACAGAAGCUGCUUUGACAGAGGGCGAUACUGCAGGAAUGGGAGUACUCUUGGAGAGACUCUCUCCUACAGCAGGUAUUGCAUUCCAUCCAUGCUCUGAGACAGAAGCUGCUUUGACAGAGGGCGGUACCACAGGAAUGGGAGUACUCUCAGAGAGACUCUCUCCUACAGCAGGUAUCGCAUUCCCUCCAUGUUCUAAGACAGAAGCUGCUUUGACAGAGGGCGAUACUGCAGGAAUGGGAGUACUCUCAGAGAGACUCUCUCCUACAGCAGGUAUUGCAUUCCGUCCAUGCUCUGAGACAGAAGCUGCUUUGACAGAGGGCGAUACUGCAGGAAUGGGAGUACUCUCGGAGAGACUCUCUCCUACAGCAGGUAUUGCAUUCCACCCAUGUUCUGAGACAGAAGCUGCUUUGACAGAGGGCGGUACCACAGGAAUGGGAGUACUCUCAGAGAGACUCUCUCCUACAGCAGGUAUUGCAUUCCACCCUUCCUCUCAGACAGAAGCUGCUUUGACAGAAAGCAAUACUGCAGGAAUGGGAGUAUUCUCGGAAAGACUCUCUCCUACAGCAGGUAUUGCAUUCCACCCAUGCUCUGAGGCAGAAGCUGCUUUGAUAGAAAGCAGUACUGCAGGAAUGGGAGUAUUCUCUGAGAGACUCUCUCCUACAGCAGGUAUUGCAUUCCACCCAUCCUCUGAGACAGAAGCUGCUUUGACAGAGGGCGAUAUUGCAGGAAUGGGAGUACUCUUGGAGAGACUCUCUCCUACAGCAGGUAUUGCAUUCCAUCCAUGCUCUGAGAUAGAAGCUGCUUUGACAGAGGGCGAUACUGCAGGAAUGGGAGUAUUCUCAGAGAGACUCUCUCCUACAGCAGGUAUUGCAUUCCACCCAUGCUCUGAGGCAGAAGCUGCUUUGACAGAAAGCAGUACUGCAGGAAUGGGAGUAUUCUCUGAGAGACUCUCUCCUACAGCAGGUAUUGCAUUCCACCCAUCCUCUGAGACAGAAGCUGCUUUGACAGAGGGCGGUACCACAGGAAUGGGAGUAUUCUCUGAGAAACUCUCUCCUACAGCAGGUAUUGCAUUCCCUCCAUGCUCUGAGGCAGAAGCUGCUUUGACAGAGGGCGGUACCGCAGGAAUGGGAGUACUCUUGGAGAGACUCUCUCCUACAGCAGGUAUUGCAUUCCACCCAUCCUCUCAGACAGAAGCUGCUUUGACAGAAAGUAAUACUGCAGGAAUGGGAGUAUUCUCGGAGAGACUCUCUCCUACAGCAGGUAUUGCAUUCCACCCAUCCUCUGAGACAGAAGCUGCUUUGACAGAGGGCAGUACCCCAGGAAUGGGAGUAUUCUCUGAGAGACUCUCUCCUACAGCAGGUAUUGCAUUCCGUCCAUGCUCUGAGACAGAAGCUGCUUUGACAGAAAGUAAUACUGCAGGAAUGGGAGUAUUCUCUGAGAAACUCUCUCCUACAGCAGGUAUUGCAUUCCACCCAUCCUCUGAGACAGAAGCUGCUUUGACAGAGGGCGGUACCACAGGAAUGGGAGUACUCUCGGAGAGACUCUCUCCUACAGCAGGUAUUGCAUUCCACCCAUCCUCUCAGACAGAAGCUGCUUUGACAGAAAGUAAUACUGCAGGAAUGGGAGUAUUCUCGGAGACACUCUCUCCUACAGCAGGUAUUGCAUUCCGUCCAUGCUCUGAGACAGAAGCUGCUUUGACAGAGGCUGGUACCGCAGGAAUGGGAGUAUUCUCUGAGAGACUCUCUCCUACAGCAGGUAUUGCAUUCCACCCAUCCUCUGAGACAGAAGCUGCUUUGACAGAGGGCAGUACCGCAGGAAUGGGAGUAUUCUCUGAGAGACUCUCUCCUACAGCAGGUAUUGCAUUCCACCCAUCCUCUGAGACAGAAGCUGCUUUGACAGAGGGCGGUACCACAGGAAUGGGAGUACUCUCGGAGAGACUCUCUCCUACAGCAGGUAUUGCAUUCCGUCCAUGCUCUGAGACAGAAGCUGCUUUGACAGAGGGCGAUACUGCAGGAAUGGGAGUAUUCUCGGAGAGACUCUCUCCUACAGCAGGUAUUGCAUUCCACCCAUGUUCUGAGACAGAAGCUGCUUUGACAGAGGGCGAUACUGCAGGAAUGGGAGUAUUCUCGGAGAGACUCUCUCCUACAGCAGGUAUUGCAUUCCACCCAUGUUCUGAGACAGAAGCUGCUUUGACAGAAAGUAAUAUUGCAGGAAUGGGAGUAUUCUCUGAGAAACUCUCUCCUACCGCAGGUAUUGCAUUCCACCCAUGCUCUGAGACAGAAGCUGCUUUGACAGAGGGCGAUACUGCAGGAAUGGGAGUACUCUUGGAGAGACUCUCUCCUACAGCAGGUAUUGCAUUCCACCCAUGCUCUGAGACAGAAGCUGCUUUGACAGAAAGCAGUACUGCAGGAAUGGGAGUAUUCUCUGAGAGACUCUCUCCUACAGCAGGUAUUGCAUUCCACCCAUGCUCUGAGACAGAAGCUGCUUUGACAGAAAGUAGUACUGCAGGAAUGGGAGUAUUCUCUGAGAGACUCUCUCCUACAGCAGGUAUUGCAUUCCAUCCAUGCUCUGAGACAGAAGCUGCUUUGACAGAGGGCGAUACUGCAGGAAUGGGAGUAUUCUCUGAGACACUAUCUUCUAUAGCAGGUAUUGCUUUCCCUCCAUGCUCAGAGACAGAAGCUGCUUUGAGAGAAAGUGAUACUGCAGGAAUGGGAGUAUUCUCUGAGAGACUCUCUCCUACAGCAGAGAGUGUGUCUCCUUCCAUAGAUAUCACAUUUCCUUCAUGUGCAGAGACAGAAGCUGCUUUGACAGAGGGCAAUCCUGUAGGAAUGGGAGUGUUCUCAGAGACACUAUCUCCUAUAGCAGGUUUCGCAUUCCCUCCAUGUUCAGAGACAGAAACUGCUUUGACAGGGUGUGAUACCGCAGGAAUGGGAGUAUUCUCAGAGGCACUCUCUCCUAUAGCAGGUAUUGCAUCCUCUCCACAUUUGGAGACGAGAGCUGCUAUGACAGAAAUCGAUCCUGCAGGAAUGGGAAUAUUCUUGGAAAGUGUCUCUCCUACCACAGAUGAAGCAGUACUGGAGACAGAACGACCUGAUGAGAUUUAAAUGUCUGGAGGAGGCAGCGGAGGUUCAACGAUGGGAGUCUAUGGCAGAGACUGUUGUAGCCACUGCAGCCACGCCAGGUGAGGUGCCACUGCAGCUCUGAGAAGCGACCUGCUGUAUCCAGCACAGCAGUCAGUCAACCUGGCAGCCAGCGAGGAAGCGACACCACCGACUGGCAACGCAGUGUUUGGGAGCAGACUCUUGGGAGAAAUGUUUUGUAGCACUGGCUUUAGGGCUGAGCCUACCUUUCUGGGGACCAAGGUGGUAGAGGGUAGAGUGUGCCCCUGGUUCAGAGGGAUAUUUCAACUUUAUGCUAAAUCUUUUCAGUAAGUAUCCCUUUGUAAAAGCUUAAUUAGUUGAUAAUAAGAAAAAAUCAACUGGUUAAAUUGAUAGAGGGGCUCUAAUCAAUGGUAUCAAUAUAUUGAGGAGACAUGGGGGGCAGCUGGGUGGAGCAGCUGGGUGGGGCAGCGCAUCACUGGGCUUGGAAGCAGAAAAAUU